AUGGUGAUGUCGCUGACGAAGACGGGACCCUUGCUGCUGGCCUUGGCGGCGGUGGCUGACCUGUGCCACGGGUCCGGAUCUGGUAGUCCCUUGGAAGACCCGUGUUUCAAGCCAAUUUCGGCGGUCACCUGCCGGCUUUCGCAGGACGACAGCGGAGAAGCGUGCUCGUGGUGUUUGUCCGAGUUGCUCCCUUCCAAGUGUGUGCCGCCAUCGAUGGCCAAGUUUCUACCAACAUUUCUGUUCACAUGUGAUGGUCAGAGCAACGCUGCUGCUGGUGCCGACGGCGAGGCGAAGGCGAUGACGGCGCAGCAGCCCCCAGAGGUCUCCGGCGACGCGCCCGGGCUGCCGGAAGAGGCUACCGCCGCCGCCGCCGCCGGCAGCGAUCCCGCAGAGGACUACUGCGUCACGGCCACGUCGGCGGACGAGUGCCGGAGCAUGGUCGACAAGACCGGCGAGACGUGCUCCUGGUGCACCAGCGAGUCCAUCCCUGCGACGUGCCUGCCGCCGGCGCUGGCGAAGUACCUGCCGCCAUUCGUGUUCACGUGCGACAACAACGCCAACGCCGAGGAGGUGGAGACGACCACCGCGCUCGAACAACAGCAGCAGCGGGAGGAACUGCCCUGGGGGGAGCUCCUCGAACUUCUCGACGACUACCUCUACCGCCCGGAACACGCGGAGAUGGACUGGGCAGAGCAAGGCAGGGCCGCCAUCAUGAGACACCCGGCGGCGCAACAGAUCGGCGAAGACGAUUGCAAGAAGCUGUUCGAAGAGCACAAGACCGCGCUCAAGAAGAGGUUCGCCGGGCAGGAAGAAGUCGAGGUGACCGGCGGCGGUCUGGGAGAGUGGUGCGUGAGCGCCACCACCGCGGAGGAGUGCAGGUCUUCCGUGGACGAGGGCGGAACGACGUGCGUCUGGUGCACGUGCCAGUCCGUACCCUCGGAGUGCGUGCCCGCAGCGACCGCGAAGAAACUGCCGAAGGUGGUGUUCAACUGUGACAACAACCAGGAUGAGGAUGAGGAUGGCACCGCCGCCACGCUGGGACAGGAGGAGCGAGAGAACGCGCUGUUUCGUGACUGGAAGGAGAAACACGGCGUGACGUACGCGGACGAGGAGGAGGAGAGGGAACGCAUGGGCGUGUUCCGAGACAACCUGCGCCAGGCUGUCGACGACGCGGCAACUCCCCGCAGCUACUCCCUCGGGCUGAACCGGUUCUCGGACAUGACCUGGGAGGAGUUCCAGGCGACCCGCCUGGGCUUCGGCAGCGCCCUGAGCGCGAGCCAGAACUGCUCGGCGACCCACGUCGGCAGCCAGUACCGCGCCCUCGGCCUGAGCAAGGGCCGAGCCCCGCCCGCCGCGCGCGACUGGAGGGACCUCGGAGCGGUAUCGGUGGUGAAGAACCAGGACCACUGCGGGUCUUGCUGGACGUUUAGCACCACGGGCUGCCUGGAGUCUCACCACUACCUGCGGACCGGCGAGAUGGUCCUCCUCUCCGAGCAGCAGCUGUUGGACUGCGCCGGGGCCUACGACAACCACGGCUGCAACGGCGGCCUGCCGUCCCACGCGUUCGAGUACAUCGCCAGCGCGGGAGGGCUCGAUACGGAGGAGGUCUACCCCUACAUGGCGGAGGAGUCGGGUUUGUGUUCUUUCGCCGACCGGGGCAUCGGGGCGGACGUGAUGCGGUCGGUCAACAUCACCUUCCAGGACGAGCGCGAGCUUCUUGAGGCUGUCGGAAACACGGGGCCCGUGAGCGUGGCCUUCCAGGUCGCCCCCGACUUCAAGGCCUAUGCUGGAGGCGUGUACGACAACCCUUCGUGCUCAACUCUCCCCGAACAGGUGAACCAUGCGGUGCUGUGCGUGGGGUACGGCACCACCGAGGAAGGCGUGGACUACUGGAUCAUCAAGAACUCUUGGGGACCCGAGUGGGGUAUGGAUGGGUUCUUCCACAUGGCUCGCGGGAAGAACAUGUGUGGUGUCGCAGACUGCGCUUCUUUCCCUCUAGUCCCCUGAAACAACCCUCCCCCCCUCCAGCCUACCUGGCCGCGCAAUCGUGGACGUGAAUGACCUUCGCUUUUGAAGCGCAUGGCGAGGAAGGCAGCUUGUAUGUGUGUCGUCGGCUUGUCAUGCCAUGUGUUGAGCCUCGGGGGGCGUGACAGCGGUACUGCUGUAGGCCUCACGUGCGUAAACGUGGCGUUUCUCGUUUGGUUAUGUCUCGACAUGGACGAAGAAGAUAGCGCGCCUGUGGCAAAUGAUGUCCCCUCCCUUGCUUGAGCUGGUGGUAGCUUUGUUGUUUGUUGUCGGCGGCAAGCUAGUACCAUGCACGCGCGCACACGCGGGUGAGAUCCCUCUCCCCACCUCUCUCACCCCGUGAGCCGAAACUUGUGUCCGACCUAGCUAAUGUUGUGCCUCGUAGCCCCAUCGACUAGCCUCGAGCGAGUUUCGGGUGGCUGGCAUGGUGAGGAUUUUGUUCAGUUGAUGGUGAUGGUGAACGGGCGAGCGAGCGAGGGCGGUGGUGUUGUGUUGUGAUACAGGACAGCACACGCACAAGCACAAGCACGUGGCGCCGGUUCCCUUGUAAAGGUUAACAGGUGCGGGGAUAAGUGUGGACACAUAGUCGAGGGUUGGUUGACGUGUAGACAGGUUCGAUGUGUGUGGUUUUUUGUCUUCACGCUUGCCGGCUUCAAUGGUAGUACAUUGAGUAGCGGGGGUCUUGUAGAGGAGUGUCUUGCCCUAACGCUCUGACGGGAGCGUGCGGAAAUAGGAAGAAGGAAACGUGUUUGGGGCGAAAGCACUUGGUAGGUAGGCAGGGAGGUGAAACUCUCCGGGGGGCGGCUGUGUUUCGGUUUUGGAUCGAUGGUGAUUUUCACACCCAUCCAAACGUAGUUUGUACAUAUCUUGGUCGAUUAUUUUAAACCUAUGGCAGCAAGCUGUCAAGACUUU